UAAUACCCGCAUUCCCCGGCCGGGCCCAUUGUCCUCCUGGCAUCCCCCCGUUCCCGGCCCCGUUCCCAUCCUCCGGCCCCGACGAGGGGAGGAACCGGCCCGGCGGCGCUGUGCCCAGCCUCGCCCGAGCGCCGCCCCGCACGCCCCGCACCGGCACCGGCACCGGCACCGGCUUCGCUCGCUCGCUCCCGCCGAGUCCCGCGGCCCGGGAUGAAGGUUCUCCGGCACAAGAUGGAGCUGCUGACAGGGCUGCUGCUGCAGGAGAUGACCAUGGCAGGGCUGCAUGAGCUGCGCUUUACUGAGGAGAAGCCGCUGUUAAGGAGCCAGGAUGCCGAGCUGGACAACUCGGAUGUCUUCCUUUCCACAGAGGACAUGGACUGGAAGAGGAGCAGGGAAGCCCAGGUCCCUCUUUUGGCAGGCACCACCCCGUCUCUUCUCUUCCCCCAGGAGCAUGACAUUGAGACCCCCUAUGGGCUGCUGCACGUGGUCAUCCGGGGCUCUCCCAAGGGGAAUCGCCCGGCCAUCCUGACGUACCACGACGUGGGCCUCAACCACAAGCUUUGCUUCAACACCUUCUUCAACUAUGAGGACAUGCAGGAGAUCACAAAGCACUUUGUGGUGUGCCACGUGGAUGCACCAGGCCAGCAGACAGGAGCCUCGCAGUUCCCUCAGGGGUACCAGUACCCAUCCAUGGACCAGCUGGCUGCAAUGCUCCCCAGCGUGGUGCAGCACUUCGGGUUCAAGUACGUGAUUGGGAUCGGUGUUGGGGCAGGAGCCUACGUGCUGGCCAAGUUUGCGCUCAUCUUCCCUGACCUGGUGGAAGGACUGGUCCUCAUGAACAUCGAUCCCAAUGGCAAAGGCUGGAUUGACUGGGCAGCUGCCAAGCUCUCUGGCCUCACCAGCACGCUGCCAGACACUGUUCUGUCGCACCUCUUCAGCCAGGAAGAGCUGAUGAACAACACAGAGCUGGUGCAGAGCUACCGGCAGCAGAUUGGCAGCGUGGUGAACCAGUUCAACCUCCAGCUCUUCCUCAACAUGUAUAACAGCCGCAGGGAUCUGGACAUCAACCGGCCUGGGACUGUGCCCAACGCCAAGACACUGCGCUGCCCUGUGAUGCUGGUGGUCGGAGACAAUGCGCCCGCUGAAGAAGGGGUGGUGGAGUGUAACUCCAAGCUGGAUCCCACCAACACCACCUUCCUGAAGAUGGCUGACUCUGGUGGACUGCCCCAGGUCACACAGCCGGGCAAGCUGACUGAGGCCUUCAAGUACUUCCUCCAGGGAAUGGGCUACAUUGCCCACCUGAAGGAUCGGCGGCUGAGUGGAGGCUCAGUGCCCUCCGCCAGCAUGACCCGGCUGGCGCGCUCCCGCACGGCCUCCCUCACCAGCGCCAGCUCAGUGGAUGGCACCCGUCCACGUGCCUGCACCCACUCGGAGAGCACUGAGGCCAUGGGGCAGAUCAACCACACCAUGGAGGUAUCGUGCUGAAGUCCACGCCUGCUGCCGACAUCUUCUCCAGAGCCAUCUCCUACCCAUCAGCAUCCCACCAGCACCUGCCUGCCCUGUGAACAUCCUCCACCAGGGCCCUCGCUCCUUCGAGGUCGAUUUGUCUUCUUGGCCAUUGGCCUCACCCCCUUGUCUGGUACCAGAAAAGGAGAGGGGUUUUGCAUCCCGGCCUCCAGCUCCUGCCUCCA